GUGCGGUCGCCUGAAAUUCAAAUGGGGUCGCAUGUCUAGUAAUUGAUAAAAAAUUUAUAUUGAUAAAAAUAAAAAAAAACUUGAUAGAAACCACGUCACGUUGAUCAAUAACCUCAGUAAACAGUUAACUAACGAUCCUGGCUGAUUAAUUCACCAUUUUAAAGCAGUUUUCUAUUUUUGGCUUCACUCUGUAACAAAGGCCUAAUAUGAAUAUGUCUGACUGCUGUCCACCGCUGCAACCCUAAUUCUGUGUAUUCUCAUCUCGUACAUCAAUAAUCAGACAUCACAACACUUUCCUCCAGACUGUGUUUAUGAGAUAAAUACCACGCGUUGUUGUAGUGGUUAGCUCUCUGGCCUUACAGGAACAGGUCGCCUGUUUACAUUCCAGUUUAACAGGUAGCCUCUCUCUCUAGAGUGUGUGCUUGACUUUUUUUACCACAUUCUAAAACACUUGAUAAUUGGGGAUUAUGUUCAUUACUUAUUCCUAAGUGGGUGGUUUGAACUGCUGGGGUUUCCUCAGUAACAUGGGAAAAAAAAUCACCUUGAGGUAUUAUUGUCUGUGUGUGUGUGUGUGUGUGUGUUCCCAGUGAGUGAAUUAUAACGGUACUUGAGACAUUUGUUUGUCUGUGUAGUCACUUGGCAGAUUCCUUCACUGCAACACUUUUACUGAAAACCAUCCAUGGUCAUCCUGUGUCACUUCUAUCCCCUUCCUCCUCCUCCUCCUCCUCCUCCUCCUCCUCCUUCUUCUUCUCCUCCUCCAGCGCGGGAACAAAAAGACAUCUGAGCUAUUUGGAUGGGGAGCAAAAAAAAAAAAAGAUCGCAGCACUUGGUACAACGGCCACCGCACUCCGGUUUCACACAGUCUCUGACAGACAGACAGGCGGAGCGGCACGCUGCUUUUACGCACAGCCUCCAGUCCUGCGGGGCAUUGGAGACCUUGUUCUGUGGCUGUGUUCUAGACUCAGGAGGAGACACCGGGGCGGCACAGGCUCUGAUAACCUGGAUAACUGAACACUGAGGAGCUGAGACACCGGGCAGAGAAAAAACAAACAAGGGGAAAGUAUUUUGGCUGCGUGAGGAGGUCGAGAACGAGGAGAAGAAGACGCGCUUGUUUAGAUGGAUUCUUCGUGUUGGCCACAGCCUCACAGGGACCACGGAGCUCCGAACGUUUACAAGUCACUGUGACAAACAUCAUGGUUCACUGGUUCACCCAAAACGGGAGUCGUUCGCAGCGUGACAGACGUGGACCGGCCGCCGUCCUGCCCGGGGUGCACUUGGAGCAGCCUUUUACGCACGGCACAGCUGGUGGCACCAGAUGGAGAGUUUGGAGGAAGGAUAGACGUGAGAUUACCUCUGUAAUGUCAGCAAAAGCCAAGGUGCUGCUCUGGGUCUUCCUCUCUCUGCUGCCUCUAGUGGACGGCGCUCAUAUGAGAGCAGGCUCUGCUGCUGCUGCUGCUGCUGCUGUGGGAUCAGACUCAGGCCAGGCGGUUGGUCUGUUGACGGGCCAGGAGGAGCUAGAGCUUCCUGUUGCUCUGCCAGAGGUGGUGGAGGAUGAGGAGCAGGAAGAUGACAGCGACCCUUAUUCCACUUGGCACGCUCUCUACGAUCCCUUCGUGAUGGAUGAAGUGGAUGAUCAUCCCAGCAGUCGCUGGGCAGGGCGUUCUCCUCGCUCCUCUGACCCCACGGAGCCUCAGCUGCAAGGAACGCAGAAGAAAAAGAAGAAGAGGAAGAGAAAAGAUAAGGCGGAAGAGGAAGAGACGGGAAGAAGAGAUAAAAAGGGUAAAGGUAGAAGCAGGCAGCCCAAGCAGAGCAGCGUGGACUGCCGCGUGGAGAAGAGGGAGAUGAAGGUCAGGGACCUGGGACUGGGCUUUGACUCAGACGAGAUUGUUCUCUUUAAGUUCUGCGUGGGCUCAUGUCAGUCCUCCAGAACGACCUACGACCUGGCACUGAAAGCACUGCUUGAAAAUGGGUCACUGCCUCGCCGAAAAGUCAGCAGCCACCCGUGCUGUCGGCCCGACCGCUACGAGUCGGUCUCCUUCAUGGAUGCCCAGACCACGUGGAGGACCAUCCAGUCACUAUCUGCUGCCAGCUGCAUGUGCAUGGGCUGAAGCUUGGAACCAAAGAAAAGGUGACGGGCGGAGGUGUCACCGUGAUCGGCCUCAACGAAGAGGUUCAUAGGAAG